CGGGGGGCGCGCGCGGGCUGCAGUGUCGGGGUGUCGCCGGCGGGCGGCGCUGCGGCGGGCACUGGAACGAUGGCCGCUCGGGUCGCGGAGGGAGCGCAGGCCGUCCGCCGACUGUUGCGAGCGUUUCAUGUACUGACACGGAGCAUGUCUGCGGAGGCUCAGAAUGCAGCGCCCUCGUACAGGUUCGAGAGCCUGCGUGUGACAGGAGUGAGAGACAGCGUGCUGCACGUGGAACUGAACAGGCCGGAGAAGAGGAACGCGAUGAACAAAACCCUUUGGAGAGAGAUGGUGGAAUGCUUUAACAGAAUAGCCCAGGACAGCGACUUCAGAGUCGUGGUGAUAUCGGGAGCUGGAAAAAUGUUUACUGCAGGAAUUGACCUGAUGGACAUGGCCGGAGAUGUGUUGCAGUUGGAAGACACUGCUGACGCAGCCCGAAAGGCAUGGCACUUGCGGAACAAAAUCCUCCAAUACCAGGAGAGCUUCAAUGUGAUAGAAAAGUGCCCGAAGCCCGUCAUUGCAGCGAUUCACAGUGCCUGCAUCGGGGGAGGUAUGGAUCUGAUUACAGCCUGUGAUGUUCGACUGUGUUCACAAGAUGCCUGGUUCCAAGUGAAGGAGGUGGAUAUCGGAAUGGCAGCCGAUGUGGGAACUUUGCAGCGACUUCCCAAAGUAAUGGGAAAUGCCAGCCUGGUGAGUGAGCUUGUUUACACAGCAAGGAAGAUGAUGGCAGAUGAAGCAAUGAGGUGUGGCCUGGUGAGUCGUGUCUUCAAAGACAAGGAAACCAUGUUGGAAGGUGCCUUUGAUAUGGCAACUGAGAUCGCCAGCAAGAGCCCUUUGGCAGUGCAGGGAAGCAAGCUGAACAUGAUCUACUCCCGGGAACACUCUGUUAAGGAAGGCCUGAAUUACAUUGCCACAUGGAACAUGUCAAUGCUUCAAACAGAGGACAUUGGAAAGUCAGCUCAAGCUGCAAUGGAGAAAAAGUCUCCUAGAGAUGUAACUUACUCAAAACUCUAAUGGAACCAAAUCUCUGAAUAUUUCCAAUUGUAAUCCUUCUCCCAUCCAGAUCCUGUACUAUACUCUUACUACUUUGAUGAAUUUUAUUUAAGAAAAGAACUAAUUGUUUACCAAAAAAUAUUUCUGUAAUUAAACAUUACAUUGGC